AUGAGUACAGCAGUUGGCGUCAUGGAGAAUCUAGAGUAUCAUUACAUUGCCAACUCUUCGAAAUCGACAGCUAUCAAGCAGGACAAACACGCGAUUCCCACAGCUACAAACAAGAAACAUCCACCUCUUCAAGAAAAGACCAACAGUCGACUGAGUCAAAGGUAUUCCUUGUCACCCCUGAAGAAGGAACAGCACCAGCAGAUCCUACUACCACCGCAGGAAGAUUCGGUUAAUUUGAAGAAAAGAGGUGUAAGCUCACCAUCUCCACUGGCGCUGCAUACAAGAAGAAAAGUUGCAAGUGGUGGCACAACCACUCCGCCUACACUUGAUUUCAAUCACUUGUCUCCUAUUAGACCCAAAUCCAGACUAGAGAUUUUCAAAGAUGUGGGUGCUAGUGCUGGUGGUGGUCUGGGAGGGGCUGUUCGAAGCAUACGCAGCGCCGGUGACGCUGAAAUGGAUAUUAGCCGUGAUGUGGGUGACGAUCAAUUGCGCGAGGUGAGCGCGGACGCUGGUAACCACAGUAAUGAUGGAAAUGUGGAAAAAUCGAAAAAAUCGAAAAAAUUCACCGCGAUUUCCACGAGUGAAGAAGAGACCCAAAAACCAAAACAAGAGCCAGGGCAAUCCACAAAGAUCCACUAUUUUGGAAACACGCAAGCUGAAAUUCAAUCUGCAUACCAAAUGUGGAAAAUGGAACAACUAUUAAAAGAAGCUAACGAAACGAUUGAGUUUCUUGAAUUGGAAAGGAAAUUUGCAUUGUUGGAGCAAGAAGAAGAUUCUCGGGAAGAAAAUUCAAUGCUUGUUUCUGUACCCUAA